AUGGAUGGGCACGUCCUGGGCUGGAUCGUCCUCCUGUGGCUCGCAGCUGAAGUGGAAGGGUUGCAGGUCACCGUGCCUGAGAAGAAGAAGGUGGCCAUGUUGUUUCAGCCUGCUCUGCUUCGCUGCCAUUUCUCUACUUCUUCCACCCAACCAGCUGUGGUACAGUGGAGGUUUAAAUCCUACUGCCAGGACCGGAUGGGAGAAGCUUUGGGCAUGGCGACUUCUGGUUUACAAACGAUGAGCAAGAGGAACCUGGACUGGGAUCCCUACCUGGACUGUGUGGACAGCAGGAGGACAGUCCGUGUCGUGGCCUCCAAACAAGGAUCUGCCGUCACUAUAGGGGACUUCUAUAAGGAAAGAGAUGUCAGCAUUGUCCACGAUGCAGACCUUCAGAUUGGGAAGCUGAUGUGGGGAGACAGUGGGCUCUAUUACUGCCUUAUUAUCACUCCGGAUGAUGUGGAGGGCAAAAAUGAAGAAUCGGUGGAGCUGCUUGUGCUUGGCAGGACAGGGCUGCUUGCUGAUCUCUUGCCCAGUUUUGCUGUGGAGAUUAUGCCAGAGUGGGUCUUUGUGGGCCUGGUGAUCCUGGGGGCGUUCCUGUUCUUCCUCCUGGUGGGGAUCUGCUGGUGCCAGUGCUGCCCACACAGCUGCUGCUGUUACGUCCGCUGCCCCUGCUGUCCUGAGUCCUGCUGCUGUCCCCGGGCGUUGUAUGUAGCAGGUAAAGCAGCAAAAGCUGGGUACCCUCCUGCAGUCUCUUCCAUGCCAGGUCCAUACUACAUCCCCAGUGUUCCUGUAGCUGGUGUCCCGUCUCCUGCUGUGCUGAUGGAUAAGUCGCACCCCCCUCCCUUAGCCCCAAGUGACUCCAGUGGAGGAAGCCAAAAUGCAGUGCGCAAAGGGUACAGGAUCCAGACUGACAAGGAAAGGGACUCCAUGAAGGUGCUGUACUAUGUCGAGAAAGAACUGGCUCAGUUUGACCCAGCUAGGAGGAUGCGAGAAAGAUAUAACAACACCAUUUCUGAACUCAGCUCUUUGCAUGAAGAGGACUUGAACUUCCGGCAGCCCUACCGUCAGGUGCGAAGGAAACCUCUGCCUCCUGCGGGGGACCUGGAUGGUGAUGCGGAAUACUGGGCAGGAGUGAUCGGCGGGGGCAGCACAUCAAGAUCACAGGCUGUCUCUGAUUACAGAGAUGAGCGGGACAGUUUCCGGCACAGCCAGCAGAGAUCCAAGUCCGAGAUGUUGUCCCGUAAGAGUUUCUCUGUGGGAGUGCCGGCCGUCUCUAUGGAUGAGCUGGCAGCCUUUGCGGAGUCCUACAGCCAGCGGACCCGGCGGGCAGACAGCCAGGAAACUCGGCGUUUCGAGCGGUCGGAGUCGCACGGCGGCCGUGGUGGCGGGCUGCCCCACCAGGAUAGCUCCAUGGAGGAGUACUACACCAAGCGUAGCAGAGGGAACCGAGAGCCGCUGACGGACUCGGAUCGGGGCUGGUCAUACAGUCCACCCCGGAGACGGGCCCAUGAGGAGAAGCACCUGCCCAGGCUGGUGAGCCGGACGCCCGGAGGGAGCCAGAAAUACGAUCACUCCUACCUCAGCAGCGUCUUGGAGAGGAAAUCCCGGAGCUACGAUGAGAGCGGUGACCACAGUGAAACCCCCUCAAAGCUGAGCUCGCAGCCCAGCCAGAGAGGAGGGGGAACAUAUUAUGCCUGGUCACCACCCUCUACCUACAAAGCCGAGAAGUCGCAGCAGCAGCCGCAGCAGCCGCCACCACCGCCUCAGCAGGAGGAAGGGGAGGACACCCUGCCCCCGUACAGCGAGAGGGAGCUGAGCCGAGGCCCUUCGUACAGGGCCAGGGAGCAGGCCUACCUCAAUGCCUCUGACAAGAAGAGGAAAAAGGACCCCAAGAAAACAGUGAGGCCAUGUCUGGUGUUCCUGAUCCAAAUAGGUUGA